GGGGAGCUUAUAAUUCACAUGUGCACAAUAAGAGUGCAAAGCCACAACACCGCACUACAGUUGUCUAACAGAGAGUUGUGAGGCAGGCCAUCUUGUGCGAAGCGGUGAAUGUCAGUCAGCAGCCAACCAGAACAGCAACAGCAGAAAUGAAAUUCCAAGCUCUUUUGUUCCUCGUGCUGGUCAUCUGCACCACAGUGUGUGUGGCACAAGGUUCUUACAGUAACUGCUGCCUGGACUAUGUGCACAGGAUGAGACCGCGUGCAAAGAAAAACAUUGAAAGCUACAGGAUGCAGGAAACAGAUGGUGAUUGCAACAUCACUGCUGUUGUGUUUACGAUGAAGCACAGGUCUGGACAUAAAACCCCUCGCACGGUCUGCGCCAACCCAGACCACCGUUGGGUCCAGGAGUUGAAGGAGCUUUUGAGGUUGAGGAUGAUGGCUCAGAAUUAGAAGAGCAACUGGAGAUGAAUGUGACUGAAGAGACAACACAGAUCUUAGAAAAGCACAUGGAUCGAUCGCAUGAGGCGCUUGUAAAUUUGCCAUUUCCUGUCACUGACAAAGAAUGUACAUCAUGCUUACAACAUGCUUCUAUUUUAGGCACCUGUAGCACAUGACGAGGACUUUAAAUGACUUAUCUUUUCAUGUCACUGUGAUGUUUUUGAGCCUGCAAGCAAUGAGCCACUAUAAUUGCUCAGAUUUGGAUUGUUGAAAAUGAUUCAUAGACUGGAUACAUUUGGAGUUCAAGUACAUUUUUAUCUGCUGAAUGAUCUUUUAGCUGGAAAUGAUGUUAGAAAUUGGCAAAAGAGUGCAAGACUUUUUGUUAAAAAAAUGCAAUUUUCAUAAUUUGUCUCCAAAAUAGUUCACUUUUUUUAUAUAUAUAUACAUGCACAUCCAGUGUUGUAAAUGUAUAGUUUAAAAUGAUCUACCUGAUGAAAGAAGUUACUACACAGAUCAUUUACUCAAAAAUGUCCCAUAAAGUCAUCAAGAAUCAUAUUUACAUGAUAAAACAAUGUUAAAUAAAGCCUGUUAGUUAGUCUUUUCA